AGAAAGCAGUUAUGUUUACUCUUCAGUUAGACUGAUAUUUUCAGCUGAUUUACUUCGUUUUUGGCGUAAGCUUGACGAAAAAUGCGUUAAGAGAAGAUGUCUAUAUUGCUUUCUAUCAUUCCUGAAGUACAAAAAAGGUUAAGGACACUGAACAAAGAAAAAUGAGGAAGACAAACUCUACUGUGCUCGCUGGCAUGACAACGUAAUACAAAGUCGUACGUUUUGUAAAAUGCAUGUCCUGACAAGGAACAUACACAUAAAGUUUGGCCGUUGUUUAUCGAUAUAAGUUAAACGAAGGAAAAGAACACCAUAUAUUUAUUUUUUCAUCGCUAAUAUUCGUGGUUUGUUUUGACAGUUGGCGGAGCCGACUGUUCAUUUAAACACUUGAGGCAGACAAAUACAACAAGGGUUUGAGUAUUUAUACAUUUACUUUAUAUAAAAAAACUGACAAAGGAUAAGCUUGAUGUCACGACUACGGACUGAUUUAAGGGCUUCGUUGCCUCCGAGAAGAGGUUCUUCGACUAAGUUUCCUCCUGUUCGGGUAGGAAGUCGUUCUCCUUGUUCAAGUCCUCAAAACUGGGCUACUGAUAUGGUGGUAGGCUUACAGUUAAGAACUGCGUCCCCUCCAAAAGAAACUAGAGCAAGAAGUACAGUAGUAAGUCCAAAGGAAAGGAUAAAAGACAUUAUCAAUAGCAGCAUAUCUCCUAAAAAGACUGCUCCAAGCAAUGGUAUAUCACAGCAACAACUGGAAAAAUUGAACCAACAAAUUCUUUCUUUCCAAGCUCAAGAACAACAGUACUUAGAUAAGAUUGCUAAGCUGGAAAAAGAGAUUGAGAAACUGAAGUCAAAAAAUACAUUGCAGCAGAAAGCAGCAGAACAGUUAAAAGCUGAGCUUAAAGAAAAAAAUAAAACAUUAACUGAAUUAGAGGAACAACUCCAAAAACAGGAAGCAAUCCAUCAAAGUCAUAUUGAAGACAUGAAUAGUAAGCUUUAUGACAAGGAUCAGAAAAUUAAAGAUCUAGAGAAACAGUUGGCUGACAAAACAAAUGAAGUAGAGCAAAUGAAAGAGAAAUUUGCCAAAGAAAAAGAUAGUAUGAAGAAAGAGUUCGAUGAGAAAGUUGAAGAAAUGAAAAAUAGUUUUCAAAAUGAGCUGAAAAUCAAAGACGAUAAACUGAAAACCUUAAAGCUACAAAUGGCAGAUGCUCUGAAAGAUAACUCAAGAGAGAGGCAACACCAACUUGAGGAAUUAACACGCGAACUUAAAAAGGUUUCUGAAGAAGCAGAUAUCUUGAAGUACAAGAUUCAUUCAUCUAAGCCACAACAGGGAGGAUGCAAAAACUGUCUGACUUUUGAAAAGGAGCUUCAGAAUAAGAUCAUUGAAAUACGAAACAAGGACCUUGGUUUGAUAGAAUUACAACAGUUAUGCGGGAAAAUGGAAAAACAGCUAAUGCAGCAGGAUGAACUAUUAAGACUUUGGGCGAAAAGCAAAGGAAAGGUUGUAAAAUAACAUUAACAUCAUUGUUGGCAACGACAGAUGGUCGCGAUAAGUCCAUUAGGCCUAAAACUUUAGAAAGACAAGAUAAUAGCCAAGAAGGUAUAUAUCAGUGUUGGCUUUUUAGUUUGAACAAUGGAGCGAUUGCUCUCUGGAGAUGAGAACCAAAACGUCAUGAAACACCAGAAUACCAGGAAUAUAGUGCAUUGUUUGAAAAACUUAGUUUUUCCCUAAGUUAUACUGGGUAUUAUUUGUGUUCUUGAUGUGAAAAAUAAACUUGAAUAUAUAUAUAUGACCAUAUGCAAAAUGAAUUUUCUGUGGUAAAUAAGACUGAACCGAAAAAUGUUUUAAAACUACUGAGAUAACUAAGCCAGAUCUUUUAUUCAGUAUUCAGUGGUCUCAAAAUCACCAAGACCAAGAAAAUUUGUUUACCGACCCUAUAGUCAAAGGUCCAUUAAAAACAUUUGAGAGCUA